GGGUUGAAUUUCUACCAGUAACGCGCCUCUUUACAUUUUUCCCCGACCUCCUGCUCACAUCUGUAAAACUCCCUGAUUUUUCUACCACACUUUUGAUAAGACCAAGACGAUUUCUAGGAAGAUGGUGGCAGAAAAAGAGACCCUUACCUUAAACAAAUGCCCAGACAAGAUGCCGAAGAGGACCAAACUGCUGCCACAACAGCCGCUCCCGGUGCACCAGCCUCAUUCCCUGGUUUCUGAGGGCUUCACAGUCAAAGCCAUGAUGAAAAACUCAGUCGUGCGGGGCCCUCCAGCUGCAGGGGCAUUUAAAGAGAGGCCAACCAAGCCCACGGCAUUCCGAAAAUUUUAUGAGCGUGGAGACUUCCCAAUCGCCCUUGAGCACGACUCGAAAGGAAACAAAAUUGCCUGGAAGGUGGAGAUCGAGAAGCUGGACUACCAUCAUUACCUGCCUCUGUUUUUCGAUGGGCUCUGUGAAAUGACAUUCCCCUAUGAGUUUUUUGCUCGGCAAGGAAUCCACGACAUGCUGGAACACGGGGGGAACAAGAUUCUACCUGUCAUUCCCCAGCUCAUUAUCCCGAUAAAAAAUGCCUUGAACCUGCGGAACCGGCAGGUCAUCUGCGUGACGCUCAAGGUCCUCCAGCAUCUGGUUGUGUCGGCAGAGAUGGUGGGCGAAGCCUUGGUGCCCUACUACCGCCAGAUCCUCCCCAUCCUGAACAUCUUCAAGAAUAUGAAUGGUGACUACUCUGUGCCUCAAACCGAGUGCUCAGGUGCCAUAGAGCAAAACUGUAAUCUUUCACAUCUUGGCUCUGCUACCCCACCGACCUACGCCUACCAACCCUCAAAGCUUCUUGUGAACUCCGGGGACGGCAUCGACUACAGCCAGCAGAAGAGGGAGAACAUUGGCGACUUGAUCCAGGAGACCCUGGAAGCCUUCGAGCGUUACGGAGGGGAGGAUGCCUUCAUCAACAUCAAGUACAUGGUACCCACCUACGAGUCGUGCUUGCUGAACUGA